CAGGGCGGCAGCUCCAGCCGGCUCCCACUCCAGAGUGGCGGAGGCCCCAGCACGUGGGAGGGGUGGGGUCUUCCUGAGCAAUUCUGUCUUCUGUUCUCAGCAGAUCCGUCACCCUCCUCAGCAGCCAAAGACGAGCCAGCAGGAUGGCAGGCAAGCCCCUCAAGAAGCCCUCCAUGCCGGGGGUGAGCAUCCGGCAGCUGGUGGAGGACGUCCCUGAAGGGUGCAGCCUGCCGGACUUUGAGCAGAAGCCUGUCACCCUGGCUCUCCUGGAGGGAAAAAACGCCAUCUUUCGGGCCGUGGUCUGUGGGGAGCCCAGACCCGAGGUGAGCUGGCAGUGCUCCAAAGGUGACCUCAGUAAUUCCAGCAAGUACCAGAUCUCGUCCACCCCCGGCAGCAAGGAGCACGUGCUGCAGAUCAACAAGCUGACGGGUGACGACAUGGACCUGUACCGCUGCACAGCAGUGAACGCGUACGGGGAGGCCAUGUGCUCGGCGAGGCUCACGGUCAUAGAAGUUGGCUUUCGGAAGAAUCGGAAGAGGCAAAAGGAGCCCCAAGAGGACCUCAAGAAGGAGCUGAUGGAUUUCCGGAAGAUGCUGAAAAAGAGGGCCCCGUCUCCCGUCCACGAGAAGGUGGACCUGGAGCAGGUGUGGCAGCUGCUGAUGACGGCGGACCGGAAGGACUAUGAGAAGAUCUGCCUCAAGUACGGCAUCGUGGACUUCCGCGGCAUGCUGCGCCGGCUGCAGCAGAUGCACAAGGAGCGAGAGGAGAAGCUGGCACCGUACCUCAAUGCCAUCCUCAACCUGAGACACAUCACAGUUAACAAGGAGGGCGUCGCGAUAUUUGACCUGGAGCUGGAUCUCAAGAGUCCCAAGAGCAAGAUUUACCUCUAUAAGGAUGGCAAGAUGGUCCCCUAUGGCUUCGACAACCAGACCAAGCACUGUCUGCGGCAUCUGGGGAGGCACUACCAAUUCCAGAUCCGGGACCUACGGCCUGAGGACGCUGGCAUUUACCAGGUUAGGGUGGAGGAUGCUGAGGUCUUCUCCACGGAGCUGGAGGCCAGCGACAUCCCCCUCAGAGUGGUGGUUCCGCUGGCGGACGCCCGCUGUGAGGAGCACGGCGAUGCGGUCUUCGAGUGCACGCUCUCCAGCCCCUGCCCCAGCGCCGCCUGGAGUUUCCAGCACCGGCCGCUCCGGCUCAGUGACAAGUACGAGGUGUUCGUGUCCUCUGAUGGCCUGACCCACCGGCUGGUGGUGAGAGGCGCCCGCUUCGCAGACAUGGGCCUCUAUUCCCUGGGCACCAAGCUCCACGCCUCCAGCGCCUGGCUGGUGGUUGAAGCUGGGAAGGAUAAAAGCCUUCUGGCCGCAAGCGCUGACCGCCAGCUGCAGGCACAGGGAGCCCAGACCCCAGAAGAUUCCAGGAGCGUCCAAGGCGAGGAGGGGAGACCCAGAGAGCACGACCCCAUGGGGGUCUCCCUCCAGGCACCCAGGCUGGCGUCCGGGCGCACAGCCAGCCCAGACAGAGGUGGCCUGGGUGGGCACGGCUUCUCCCUGAUGGAGGUCGAGGAGGCAGCUGACUCAGCCUGGGGCCCUGGGCAGGCAAGAGAGGGCUUCCUGGAAGAAGAGGGCAGAGUCACUCCUCUUAGGGAAGAUCAGCUCCAUAGAGAGGAAGGUGGGGCCGGGAGCCUUCCAGGGGCUCCCCGUCUGCAGAGGGAGGGCCUGGGAUCAGGGCUGGGCCUCCCGGAAGGGCAGCAGCAAGAUGCUAGCAGAGACAGAGAAGGGGACAGAUAUGCUGGCAUGGCGGAAAGCUGGGAGGCAGGGUCUGGGCAUCCUCAGGUGGGAGGACGGGGGCACAGCGGGGAAGGGAAGGAGCCCAGACAGGACCAUGGGAGCCGACUGGAUGGGCAUGGCCUGGAGCGGCCCUGGGGCGCUCAGCUGGGACCUGGGAUGGGAGCGCAGGCCCUGCGGGGAUCCCAGGCUGAUCCCUUGGGGUCUUGGUCAGGAGGGGAAGGGACGGAGAGGAUUCUGCAGGGGGACAGCCUGGAUGAGAUGGAGGGAAGGGGUAGUCUGAGCGGGAAAGUGGGCAGAGGAGCCUCGAGGGCAGCCUGGGGCAGCGGGACUGGCCUGGGGGAAGCUGGAGGCAGUGGCUGGGAGGGCUCACUGCAGGAGGCAGGUGCUGGGGGCCCAGGGGCUCCCAAGGGCUGGGAAAUGGGCCUACAGGGGCUCAGGGGAAGGGCAGGCCGGGAGACGGCAGGGGCCUCUGGUGAGGCUGGGGAAGAUUCUAGAAGCCCCCAGCAUUCUCAAGCCUGGACAGCUGGUGAUGGCUCAGGGGGGCCAGGAGGAGUGGGAUCUGGUCCUGCUGGUUGGCAAGUGGCCUCCGGGGCGCCUGGGGGGACAGAAUCUGACAAGGGCUCUGGUUACAGGCAUGGGUCGCUGGUGCUCGGAGGAAUGUGGCCUGGAAACCAGGAUGGUUACGGUCCUGGCAGAAGCGGGUCUGAGGGACUUUCCAGUCUCCAGAGUGGCUCAGGUGGCCCUGACGGAGGGCCGGAGGGUGAAGCUGGGCUGCGUGCAGGGGCCAGGGCUGUAUCCGGAGGCGGGGGGGACACCAGCCCUGUGCGAGGGCAUCGUCCCGAUGGUGGUCUGGGGAGUCCCGGGACAGCAGGCUCUGUGGGUAGAGGUGGCCUCGGGUCCCCUGUCACUGUGGGGACUGCUGGGGAGGGCCAUGGGCAUGCAGGAGCUGAACCAGGGGGCUCUAGAAGAGGACGGCCUUGGAGUCGGGAUGCAGAUCACGGGGGCCUCGGAGCCUCCAGAGAAGGAGGCCACAAAGACGGCCCUGGGGGCCCAGGGCCUCUGAGCACAGCAGGUAGAGUGAGUGAUGGGGACGGGGCCUCUAGAGCGGGCUCUGGCUACCGGGACGAUGCCAGGCUCCCCAAGGCACUGGCUUCUCACGCUGGGACGCCUUCCGUGAGCUGGGGGGCUUCUGGGUCAGGCAAAGUGCUGGGUUAUGGGGAUGGAUCAGGAAUUCCAGGACCUCAGCAAAUAGGAGGCGAAACAGCUUAUGGAGGAAGGUCAAGGGGUCUUGGGCCUGAGGGGAGGGAGCCAAGCAGUGAAGCAGGUUUUAGAGAUGGUUCGGGGGGUCUCAGAGGGAUGGGGUCAGGGGGUGAGGCUGGUUACAGGGAUGGUUUAGGGGGUUCUGGGGAAGUGGGGUCAGGGGGUGAGGCUGGUUACAGGGAUGGCUUAGGGGGUUCUGGGGAAGUGGGGUCAGGGGGUGAGGCAGGGUAUAAGGGUGGUUCGGGGGGUCUUAGAGGAAUGGGGUCAGGGGGUGAGGCUGGUUACAGGGAUGGUUUAGGGGGUUCUGGGGAAGUGGGGUCAGGGGGUGAGGCUGGUUACAGGGAUGGUUUAGGGGGUUCUGGGGAAGUGGGGUUAGGGGGUGAGGCAGGGUAUAAGGGUGGUUCGGGGGGUCUUAGAGGAAUGGGGUCAGGGGGUGAGGCUGGUUACAGGGAUGGUUUAGGGGGUUCUGGGGAAGUGGGGUCAGGGGGUGAGGCUGGUUACAGGGAUGGUUUAGGGGGUUCUGGGGAAGUGGGGUUAGGGGGUGAGGCAGGGUAUAAGGGUGGUUCGGGGGGUCCUAGAGGAAUGGGGUCAAGCGGUGAGGCUGGUUACAGGGAUGGUUUAGGGGGUUCUGGGGAAGUGGGGUCAGGGGGUGAGGCAGGGUAUAAGGGUGGUUCGGGGGGUCUUAGAGGAAUGGGGUCAGGGGGUGAGGCUGGUUACAGGGAUGGUUUAGGGGGUUCUGGGGAAGUGGGGUCAGGGGGUGAGGCUGGUUACAGGGAUGGUUUAGGGGGUUCUGGGGAAGUGGGGUUAGGGGGUGAGGCAGGGUAUAAGGGUGGUUCGGGGGGUCUUAGAGGAAUGGGGUCAGGGGGUGAGGCUGGUUACAGGGAUGGUUUAGGGGGUUCUGGGGAAGUGGGGUCAGGGGGUGAGGCUGGUUACAGGGAUGGUUUAGGGGGUUCUGGGGAAGUGGGGUUAGGGGAUGAGGCAGGGUAUAAGGGUGGUUCGGGGGGUCUUAGAGGAAUGGGGUCAAGGGGUGAGGCUGGUUACAGGGAUGGUUUAGGGGGUUCUGGGGAAGUGGGGUUAGGGGGUGAGGCAGGGUAUAAGGAUGGUUCAGGGGGUCUUAGAGGAAUGGGGUCAGGGGGUGAGGCUGGUUACAGGGAUGGUUUAGGGGGUUCUGGGGAAGUGGGGUCAGGGGGUGAGGCUGGUUACAGGGAUGGUUUAGGGGGUUCUGGGGAAGUGGGGUUAGGGGGUGAGGCAGGGUAUAAGGGUGUUUCGGGGGGUCUUAGAGGAAUGGGGUCAAGGGGUGAGGCUGGUUACAGGGAUGGUUUAGGGGGUUCUGGGGAAGUGGGGUUAGGGGGUGAGGCAGGGUAUAAGGGUGGUUCGGGGGGUCUUAGAGGAAUGGGGUCAGGGGGUGAGGCUGGUUACAGGGAUGGUUUAGGGGGUUCUGGGGAAGUGGGGUCAGGGGGUGAGGCUGGUUACAGGGAUGGUUUAGGGGGUUCUGGGGAAGUGGGGUCAGGGGGUGAGGCAGGGUAUAAGGGUGGUUUGGGGGGUCCUAGAGGAAUGGGGUCAGGGGGUGAAGCUGGUUACAGGGAUGGUUUAGGGGGUUCUGGGGAAGUGGGGUUAGGGGGUGAGGCAGGGUAUAAGAGUGGUUCGGGGGGUCUUAGAGCAAUGGGGUCAGGGGGUGAGGCUGGUUACAGGGAUGGUUUAGGGGGUUCUGGGGAAGUGGGGUUAGGGGGUGAGGCAGGGUAUAAGGGUGUUUCGGGGGGUCUUAGAGGAAUGGGGUCAAGGGGUGAGGCUGGUUACAGGGAUGGUUUAGGGGGUUCUGGGGAAGUGGGGUUAGGGGGUGAGGCAGGGUAUAAGGGUGGUUCGGGGGGUCUUAGAGGAAUGGGGUCAGGGGGUGAGGCUGGUUACAGGGAUGGUUUAGGGGGUUCUGGGGAAGUGGGGUCAGGGGGUGAGGCAGGGUAUAAGGGUGUUUCGGGGGGUCUUAGAGGAAUGGGGUCAAGGGGUGAGGCUGGUUACAGGGAUGGUUUAGGGGGUUCUGGGGAAGUGGGGUUAGGGGGUGAGGCAGGGUAUAAGGGUGGUUCGGGGGGUCUUAGAGCAAUGGGGUCAGGGGGUGAGGCUGGUUACAGGGAUGGUUUAGGGGGUUCUGGGGAAGUGGGGUCAGGGGGUGAGGCAGGGUAUAAGGGUGGUUCGGGGGAUCUUAGAGGAAUGGGGUCAAGGGGUGAGGCUGGUUACAGGGAUGGUUUAGGGGGUUCUGGGGAAGUGGGGUUAGGUGGUGAGGCAGGGUAUAAGGAUGGUUCGGGGGGUCUUAGAGAAAUGGGGUCAUGGGGUGAGGCUGGUUACAGGGAUGGUUUAGGGGGUUCUGGGGAAGUGGGGUCAGGGGGUGAGGCUGGUUACAGGGAUGGUUUAGGGGGUUCUGGGGAAGUGGGGUUAGGGGGUGAGGCAGGGUAUAAGUGUGGUUUGGGGGGUCCUAGAGGAAUGGGGUCAGGGGGUGAGGCUGGUUACAGGGAUGGUUUAGGGGGUUCUGGGGAAGUGGGGUCAGGGGGUGAGGCAGGGUAUAAGGAUGGGUCAGGGGGUGAGGCUGGUUACAGGGAUGGUUUAGGGGGUUCUGGGGAAGUGGGGUUAGGGGGUGAGGCAGGGUAUAAGGAUGGUUCAGGGGGUCUUAGAGGAAUGGGGUCAGGGGGUGAGGCUGGUUACAGGGAUGGUUUAGGGGGUUCUGGGGAAGUGGGGUUAGGGGGUGAGGCAGGGUAUAAGGGUGGUUCGGGGGGUCUUAGAGGAAUAGGGUCAGGGGGUGAGGCUGGUUACAGGGAUGGUUUAGGGGGUUCUGGGGAAGUGGGGUCAGGGGGUGAGGCAGGGUAUAAGGAUGGUUCAGGGGGUCUUAGAGGAAUGGGGGCAGGGGAUGAGGCAGGUUACAGAGAUGGUUUAGGGGGUUCUGGGGACGUAGGGGCAGGGGGUGAGGCAGGUUACAGGGAUGGAUCAGGGGGUCUUAGAGGAAUAGGGUCAGGGAGUAAAGGAGGUUAUAGGGGAGACUCGAGAGGAUCUGGGGGGAAAGGUCCAGGGGGUGAGAUGGGCUGCAGAGAUGGUUCAGGGCGGUUUGGAGUAACAGACUCACUGGCUGGAAUGGGACAUGAGGGUGGACCCAGAGGUCAAGAACCCAGGGGGCACCAGCCAGGAUACUGGUCAGCAUCGGAGGGGUCUUAUGGUGGCACAGGCCCCAAGGAUGGUCCAGAGAGGGGCAGUGGGACGGAGCUUAUGGGAGGGGCAGGUGCUGGGCUGGGCUCCAGGAAGGCUGGAACAGUGGACACCACUGAUGGCACAGCACAGGGGGACGGCCCCAAGGGCCUGGGGAUGCAGGGCACUCACGGAGGACCACAGGCUCUUUUAGAUGGGCAGGGCUCUGUGAGUGGCUUGGGGGCCUCUGGCUCCUCGGGCAGCCCUGAGGCGCUGGGGGCUAUUGUCUCUGAGGGACAGUCAGGCAUCAGAGGGCGGCAGAAGGGCUCUGGGCUCCGAGAGUCCCCUGGGAACAGAGAGGCUCCCAGUGAGAAGGGCAGGGCUGCAGGCCGUGCAAGGGGUGUGGGAGCUUCUGGGUUUCCUGAUGGUCCGGGGGCAGUGCAGGACAAGACCUGGGCAGGGACCGCUGCUCUGGAAUCCCAGCGUGACCCUGACUUCUGGGAAGCAGGGCCAGGGGCAGCAGACGGGGGUCCAGCAACUGGCCAGGGUGGGUUGGCACCUCAGGGUCUUGAGACCACACCCCUGGGAGGCAGGAGGUUUGGGGCAGGGUGGGGGGGCUCAGCAGGUGCAGGCCAGGGUCUAGACAGCGGCCAGAUGCCCAGGAAAAUGGGCGAAUCAAUGCUAGGGUCUGCUGAUGGGCGUGGGAUCAGCGACUCUUGGGGCCCAGGCUGGGAAGACCAGGGGUCUGGCCAAGGCAGCACGGGUGCCAGGGGUGGGCCCCCAGGCUCCAGGGUUUCAAGCUCCCGGCAAGAGGAAGAUGCCACUUUUGGGGGGUCCCGUGAAGGGCCUGAGGGUUCUGGGGGCUGGGGUGGGCAAAGCCCAGGGUUUCUGGAUGGCAAAGCUUCUGGUCUGGGACGGGGCAGGGCUAGCGGCCCAGGGGACGCAGGUGUCCCAAGAAGGGGGGCUUCUGCGGAGGGGGAGAAUGACCCCACUCAGAAGCCUGGGAGUCUGGGGCGCCAGGGAGCCAGGGAGGGCCUAGGUGGUCUCCUUGGCAGAAAAGACUCUGCAGACAGAUCAGGGGGGAUCCAGGGGCCUGGCUCGCAGCUGGAAAAAGGACAGAGGGGAGGAAGGGGGUCCCUAGUGGGGCAGGCAUCCCUGGAGGCUGAGGAUGACAGAGCCCAAGGUCCAGGUGCCCUAAAGGAGCACGAGGGCCACGGAGCAGAGGAGUCUGGUGGGCCAGAAAGGAGGCCCGGCCCAUUCAGGAGUAGGACUCAGACGUGGUCGAGGGUCGAGGUUGGACCAGCAACGAGAGGCCUGGAGCAGCUGCCUGGAGGAGAGGACGUGGGGUGCCCGGGGGAGCCCCCGAGCCAUGCUGGCAGCAGGAGAGGCGGCAAAGAGGGCGGAUUGGACGCCCAUGGCCAGAGAAGCGAUGCCGCCCGCAGUCCCAGAUCCAGACACAAGCCUGGCGCUGGUGGUUUCUCCGAGGAGGCUCAAGGCACCGCAGGCCACUUCUCCCAGGGCCUGGCUGACACGGAGGUGCAGCAGGGGGAGGACGCCGUGCUCUCCUGCACCCUCACCCGUGACCUGGGGCCUGGAGCCUGGUUUAAGGAUGGUGUCAAGCUCAGCACCCAGGACGGAGUCAUCUUUGAGCAGGAUGGGCUCGCGCACAGGCUCCUCAUCGCCCACGUGCAGGGGACCCAGGCCGGGAGGUACUCCUUCGUGGCCGGCAACCAGCAGAGUGAGGCCACACUGACCGUCCGCGACCCCCCGAUCAUCGCUCCAGACGUGACAGAGAAGCUGAGGGAGCCACUGGUGGUCAAGGCGGGGAAGCCAGCGACCAUGAAGGUCCCCUUCCAGAGCCGCCUCCCGGUUCAGGCCACCUGGAGGAAGGACGGGGCUGAGGUGGCAGGCGGCGACAGCAGAGGGGCCCAGGUGGUCGUGGGGGACAGCUUCACACGGCUGUGCCUCCCCAGCGCCGACAGGAAGGACCGAGGCCAGUACAGCGUGACGCUGAGGAGCGAGGGCGGCUCUGUGCAGGCCGAGCUCACCCUGCAAGUCCUAGACAAGCCCCAGCCCCCGCAGGGCCCCCUGGAAGUACAAGAUUGCCACGGGGCUGGCGUCUGCCUCCGCUGGCAGCCCCCAAGGGACGACGGGGGCCAGGCCCUAGAGCACUACGUGGUAGAGAGGCAGCAGGCCGGCCGGAGCACUUGGCUGAAGCUGGGCGAGACCCCAGCAGACAGCACCACAUUCACGGACAUCCACGCGGAGCAGGGCAAGAAGUACACCUUCCGCGUGCGGGCUGUGACGGCGGAGGGGCCCGGGGAGGCCCUGCAGUCCGAGGAGGUGCUGGUGGCUCCCGAGGCUCUUCCCGGGCCCCCGUCCCCACCGGCCAUCCUGUCAGCCUCCAGCCAGAGCAUCACACUGUCGUGGACGGCGCCGCGGGGCCCAGGCAGCUCCCACAUCCUGGGCUACCUCAUCGAGAAACGCAAGAAGGGAAGUAACACCUGGACGGCCGUGAACCAGCAACCGGUGCCUGAGAAGAAGUGGACGGUGGCGGACCUGCGGCAGGGCUGUCAGUACGAGUUCCGGGUCACGGCCGUGGCUCCCUCUGGCCUCGGACAGCCUGGGCCCCCAUCAGAGGCCGUCUUCGCUCGGGACCCCAUGAGACCCCCUGGGCCUGUGAGGGAUCUCCAGGUCAUAGACACGUCCCACACCAGCAUCACCCUGAGCUGGGCCCGGCCGGACACACAGGAUGGAGAUGAAGCCCAGGGCUACGUGGUGGAGCUGUGCGGCUCGGACAGCCUUCAGUGGAGCCCGUGCCACAUGGGCACCGUGCCUGGACCCACCUACACAGCCCGAGGGCUUCGGCCCCGAGAGGGCUACUUCGUGCGGGUGACAGCAGUUAAUGACGGGGGCCGCGGCCAGCCCAUGACCCUGGACACCGUAGUGCAGGCCAUGCCUGUUACUGUCUGUCCCAAGUUCCUCAUGGACGCCACCAUGAAGGACUCGAUGACGGUCAGAGCUGGGGACACUGUUCGCGUGCCUGUCUACUUUGAGGCCAACCCCUUGCCGGAGGUGACCUGGCUAAAGGAUGGCUUGCCCUUGCCUAAAAGAAGCGUGACCUCCACCAAGGAUGGCCUCACCCAGCUCCUGGUCCCCGUGGCCAGCCUCGCGGACAGCGGCCUCUACACUGUGGUACUGAGGAGCCUGCGGGGGGAGGAGGCCACCUACAGCUUCCGCCUCACGGUGGCAGCGCGCCCGCGGCCGCCGGGGCCCAUCGUCCUGCGGGCCGGCGCGCUGGGCUCGGUGACGGCCGAGUGGGCGCCGUCCCCCGACGAGGCGGAGGCAGGGGCCGCGCCGCUGCACUACUCGGUGCUGCUGCGCUCAUCGGCCGACGCGCGCUGGCGCCCCGCGGCCGAGCGCCUGCACACCUGCCGCUUCACCCUGGUGGACCUCGUCCCGGGCCACGAGUACCACUUCCGCGUGGUGGCCAGCAACGAGCUGGGCGCCAGCGAGCCUUCGGACACGCGCCAGCCCUGGGUCGUCCCGCGGCCGCCGCCAGACAAGUUCACGGUGAAGGUUCCCAGCUACCGCGAGCCAGACCUGAGCCAGAAGCCCCGCUUCCUGGUGGGCCUGCGGACCCACCUGCUGCCCCUGGGCUGCGAGUGCUGCAUGACCUGCGCAGUGCAGGGCUGGCCCCGGCCCCGCGUCACCUGGUUCAAGAACGACCAGAGCCUGGCAGGGAGCCCCGCCGUGUACAGCACCGACGUGCUGGGCGUCUGCUCCCUGGUCAUCCCCAGCGUCUCCGCUGCGGACAGCGGCGAGUACAAGGCAGUGGCCGAGAACCCUCUGGGCCAGGCUGUCAGCACCGCCAAGCUCAUCGUUGUAGAAUCUAACCCCUAGCCCCGCCUCCCCCUGCAAUGGCCUCGCCCAGCCCCGCAGCCCUGAAGAUCCCUGAAACGUCACUCCUGACACCACGCUGAAAGGAUGGAGGACGCUGGCAGUUCCCAGAGCCCCAGGGAGACCGGAGUCAGGGGCUCCUGGGGAAGCCACGCCAGGAGGGCACGGAGUUUUGGGGAAGAGAAAGAAGGAGGGGACACUCAGUGUCCCAGCCCCGGGCUAAGUCACUGAGCCGAACGGCAGCGAACCUCCCGCCUGGGGGCUCCGGUGGGCCGGAGUGUGUCUGCAGGAAGGAGGCCGAGUCCUGGUCUCCCCAGGCUGGGCCCCGAAGGGAGGGUGGGGAGGGCUGGGCCAGCGUGACUGUAGCGGGGGUGGGGUGAGGGCGGGGCCUGUGUGUGGGAAGGCUGCUCUCCGCGCUUCUCCUCAUUAAAGCAUUGGCUGC